AUGCAGCAUGUUGCCCACUGCCCGGCAUCGAGCCUCAAUUUCCCUCUUCUUCGUCUCUCCCCCUCUCCGCCCCAAUUGAGAUUCGUCACGCUUCACAGCUUACACCGCUUUCAUCUCUCCGCCAACACAUCCAACAUGGCCAAGGGUAAGCGCUCCGCUGACGCCAAGGGCAGCCAGAAGCGCCAGAAGAAGGUCCUGCGCGACAACAUCCACGGCAUCACGCGCGGCUGCGUCCGCCGCAUGGCGCGCCGCGGUGGCGUGAAGCGCAUCUCGGGCGACCUCUACGAGGAGGUGCGCCGCGUGCUGAAGGCCUACGUGGAGGACAUUGUGCGCUGCAGCACGGCCUACACCGAGUACGCGCGCAAGAAGACAGUCACGGCGGCCGAUGUCGUGAAUGCGCUGCGCAAGCGCGGCCACAUCCUGUACGGCUACGCGUAA